AUGCCCAAAGUCAUUAGUGAACAUGAGGACAAGGUGCAUGGUCAAGAGGAAGAGGACGAGGGCGAGGGCUGGGGCCCAUGGCCCCACAAAGCUCUGAAAUUUACUUCAGAUUAUGUGAUAUGGAAGCUUGCUCCAGGAAACUUGUCAAUAAGGACAAAAGCUGCUUUAUUGAUGAGUGUAAAAGGCUACUAUACCAUUGCCGAACGAUGGAAGCGGUUAGUGGCUUUUAUAGACCAUGAUAAAGAUUUUGAAGUAUCACUAAGUUAUGAAAGUUCAGAUCCAUUGCCACCUGGGGUCUCUUCUGAUAAAUUUGCUCACUAUGCAGUUACUGGUCUCACAGAUGCUAGUGAUAAGUAUAAUUCUCGCAAUCUCUCUGCUCCCAUCAAGGCAAAUCUGCAUUUCUCUCUUAGCAGAAGUGGAAUACUUUCUCUGGAUCGGGCAGAUGCUGUCAUUGAAAUUUCAGAAUGGGUAGAAGUUCCUAAAAAGAAUUUGACCAUGGAGAAUGCAACUACAAGUACACCUAAUGUGUCAAUUGAAGCUGGCACAGGGGAAACGACAGAAGGAAGCAAAGACAACUUGACCAGUGAUGGUGGGAGUAGUAACACAUCAAGUUCCAACCUUGAAGAGCAAAGCAGCGUGGAUGUUGUUACAGAAAAGAAACUGAAGAAAAGAACCUUUAGGGUUCCACUUAAGAUAGUCGAGAAGACGAUGGGCUCUGGAGUGCCUCUUUCAAAAGAAGCUCUUGCUGAAGCAAAACUUAGAUUGGAGGCCCUAGACAAGAAGGAUUUGGAGCGAAGAAGAACUGCAGAACUUAAGAAUAACUUGGAAGGUUACAUAUAUGCUACAAAAGAAAAGCUUGAGUCCUCUGAGGAGCUUGGGAAAGUUUCAACUGGCGAGGAACGGCAAUCCUUUAAUGAGAAGCUUGAUGAGGUGCAAGAAUGGUUGUAUACUGAUGGUGAAGAUGCAUCAGCAUCCGACUUCCAGGAACGCCUCGAUUUGCUGAAGGCCAUUGGUGAUCCAAUAUUUUUCAGAUUAAAUGAGCUUAUUGCACGGCCAGAAGCAUCUGAAUUUGCUCGAAAAUAUCUGGGAGAGUUGCAACAGAUUGUCAGUGAUUGGGAGAAGAACAAGCCUUGGCUUUCCAAAGCUCGAAUAGACGAGGUUCUGGCUGAUGCUGAUAAGAUCAAGAAUUGGUUGGAGGAAAAGCAGGCUGAGCAAAAUAAGAUUUCUGGAUUUAACACCCCAGCAUUUACAUCUGAAGAAGUGUAUCGGAAGGUAUUCGAUCUCCAAGACGAGGUCGCCAGCAUUAAUAGAAUCCCUAAGCCAAAGCCUAAAGUAGAGAAACCUUCAAAGAAUGAAACUGAUAGUGGUGGCGAGGAGACUGCAAGCACUUCCGACUCUACUUCUGAAGAGACAUCCACCCAAACUGACCAACCAGAAGGAGACCCAGUGGGAUCACCCAGCGACAAAGUAGACUCAGAAACUGAGGUCCAUGACGAGUUGUGAUCAAAUUUUUGAAGUAUACUGCAAACCUUUUAUUAGCAAAUAUAGUUGAUUGAAAAGAUAGAAAGAGAUGUUGUGGCUUCUGCAACCCUGCAGUUUUGGAGGAAUUAGAGUUACACAGUCCUUUUUGGGUGGAGGCUUUGCAAAUGGUCCUCCAGAUCUGCAUUGAAGCAUCCUCAUGGAAGCCUAAAGAGCAGAUUCCGUAUUUCUCUUUGCCGUAAUUAUACAUGCUUAAUUAUUCCCUUGUAAUGUAUGGGAUGACAUGCCAUUUGGCGAUGAGUUUAUAUAUGGAAAUUUUCCCUAUUGGCAAUUAGGGUUAGUUCUCUUACUGUACCAUGAGAUUUGAUACUUGUUUGAACAUUCUCAUAAUAUUAAAAAUUUUGGUCUGA